GGCUAGCGUUGGGGCAGUUGGUUUGUUGACGACCUAACUGGCGGCAGCAAAAACACCUGUUGUGUUCCUGGAGGUAUAUGCGUUCUGCGGGUGCAAGUUUUUGGAGACUAUGGGCUGGAGAGGCAGACGGCGGUCGGGAGGCACGAUCCUGUUCCGCCUGCAUAAGGUCGGCGGUCUGGAGGUCCUCAAUGGUGAAUUGGGAGGGGUCGAGAGAGGUAGUGUCGAAGUCGUCAUCGGAGGUGGAUGGAGUGGUGUCGUUAUGGAAAAAGCGGGGGUGGGAGGGAGCGGGCGCGGGUUGGUGAUGGGCGUGGAGGAGUCGAUUGUGGUGAAGCAUGCAAGAGAGGAGGUCAGCAAGGGGCAUGUCGGGUUCGUGGGCGAGGGUUGUUGCAAGGUCUUUGUGGCAUACUCGUUUGAUGCGGGAGAUGAACGCAAAGUCGGGAAUGCCGGUGGUGGGAAGGUGGUGGCGGAGGGACCAGACGUAUUGGACGAAGCGGUCCGUGGGACGGGUUUGGCGGAGGUGGCAGAGUUGUUCAAAGUAGUCAUCAAUGGUUUUCUGGGGGCGGAAGGUGGCAGGGAUUUCCCCAUCGCGGGGAACGAUUUGGGCGAGGGUGUUGAAGUUGCGGUUAUCGGGGGUGGUGUCGUAGCAGGUGUAGUUGAGUUGGUUGUUGUCCUCAAGGAGGUAGUUGGGGGGAAGUUGUGGCAUUGCAGGGUAAGACCCGGAGGUGACUUGGGGAUAGGUGGGACGGAGGGUGGGGAUGGUGGAGGUCGUCAUGAUGGGUUGGGGAAUGGUAUGAGAGUGCAGGGGGGGAAGAGGGGUGACGUGGAUGGGCGAGGAAUGAGGCGGUGUGUUGGAUGGGCCGAUCCGGGCGAGGGUGUUGAAGUUGAGGUUAUCGGGGGUGGUGUCGUAGCAGGUGUAGUUUAGUUGGCUGUUGUCCUCAAGGAGGUAGUUGGGGGGGAGUUGAGGCAUUGCGGGGUAAACCCCGGAG